AAUGGAUACACGCCUUUGCAUAUUGCUGCCAAGAAGAAUCAGAUGCAGAUAGCAACUACUCUAUUGAACUAUGGGGCUGAGACCAACAUUUUGACCAAGCAAGGAGUCACCCCCCUUCAUCUGGCUUCCCAAGAAGGUCACACUGACAUGGUGACCUUGCUUUUGGAGAAAGGAUCCAAUAUUCAUGUGGCAACAAAGACUGGACUGACAUCCUUGCACCUCGCAGCUCAGGAGGAUAAAGUGAACGUAGCUGAAAUACUCACAAAACAUGGUGCAAACCAAGAUGCUCAGACAAAGCUUGGUUACACACCUUUAAUUGUGGCGUGUCACUAUGGAAACAUCAAAAUGGUGAAUUUUCUUCUCAAGCAGGGAGCAAAUGUCAAUGCUAAAACGAAGAAUGGGUACACCCCUCUUCACCAAGCUGCUCAACAAGGCCACACUCACAUCAUCAAUGUCCUUCUCCAACAUGGGGCCAAGCCCAAUGCCAUCACCACUAAUGGUAACACUGCCUUAGCUAUUGCAAGGCGGCUGGGAUAUAUCUCAGUGGUCGAUACGCUGAAGGUUGUAACGGAGGAGAUUACUACCACCACAACUACUGUGACAGAGAAGCACAAGCUAAAUGUACCUGAGACAAUGACUGAGGUCCUGGAUGUUUCAGAUGAAGAAGGUGAUGACACCAUGACAGGAGAUGGAGGAGAGUACCUUAGACCAGAAGACCUCAGAGAACUAGGAGAUGACUCUUUACCAAGCAGCCAGUUCUUAGAUGGUAUGAACUACCUAAGAUACAGCUUGGAAGGAGGACGAUCUGACAGCCUGCGAUCCUUCAGUUCAGACAGGUCCCACACACUGAGCCAUGCUUCCUACCUGAGGGACAGUGCCAUGAUUGAUGACACAGUUGUAAUCCCCAGCCAGCAGGUAACAACUCUGGCCAAAGAAGCUGAAAGGAAUUCAUAUCGCUUAAGCUGGGGCCCUGAAAACUUGGACAACGUGGCUCUUUCUUCCAGCCCUAUUCAUUCAGGCUUCCUAGUUAGUUUCAUGGUGGAUGCUCGUGGGGGUGCCAUGAGAGGCUGCAGGCACAAUGGACUCAGAAUCAUUAUUCCUCCACGGAAAUGCACUGCUCCAACACGAGUGACUUGCCGGUUGGUGAAACGUCACAGACUGGCCACCAUGCCUCCUAUGGUGGAAGGUGAAGGUCUGGCCAGCCGCCUGAUUGAAGUGGGGCCUUCUGGUGCUCAGUUUCUUGGGCCUGUGAUUGUGGAGAUUCCUCAUUUUGCUGCUCUGCGUGGGAGAGAGCGAGAGCUGGUGAUCCUGCGCAGUGAGAACGGGGACAGCUGGAAGGAGCACUUCUGUGAAUACACUGAGGAUGAACUGAAUGAAAUCUUGAAUGGGAUGGAUGAAGUACUUGAUACCCCAGAAGAGCUUGAGAAGAAACGUAUCUGCCGCAUCAUCACCCGAGAUUUCCCUCAGUACUUUGCAGUGGUAUCCCGGAUCAAACAGGACAGUAACCUCAUCGGACCAGAGGGGGGUGUGCUGAGCAGCACUGUUGUACCUCAAGUGCAGGCCGUCUUCCCAGAAGGGGCUCUCACCAAAAGAAUUCGUGUUGGCCUCCAGGCUCAACCUAUGCAUACCGAACUUACGAAGAAGAUUUUAGGCAACAAGGCUACCUUCAGUCCUAUAGUCACACUGGAGCCCAGGAGAAGGAAGUUCCAUAAGCCCAUCACGAUGACCAUUCCCAUCCCUAAGGCCUCCAGCGAUGGGAUCAUGAAUGGUUAUGGAGGCGACACGCCUACUUUAAGGCUACUAUGCAGCAUAACAGGAGGAACCACCCCUGCCCAGUGGGAAGACAUCACUGGAACAACACCACUGACAUUUGUUAAUGAAUGCGUUUCCUUCACAACAAACGUGUCUGCCAGAUUCUGGUUAAUAGACUGUCGACAGACACAAGAAUCUGUUACUUUUGCUUCCCAAGUGUACAGAGAGAUUAUCUGUGUCCCCUACAUGGCCAAAUUUGUGGUGUUUGCUAAAUCACAUGAUCCCAUUGAAGCACGGUUAAGAUGUUUUUGCAUGACAGAUGACAAGGUGGAUAAAACUCUAGAACAACAAGAAAAUUUUGCUGAAGUUGCCAGGAGCAGGGAUGUAGAGGUAUUAGAAGGAAAACCCAUCUAUGUUGACUGCUUUGGCAAUUUGGUGCCACUAACGAAGAGUGGGCAACAUCAUAUAUUCAGUUUUUUUGCCUUCAAAGAAAAUAGACUUCCUCUGUUUGUUAAGGUGCGAGACACCACGCAAGAACCCUGUGGACGAUUAUCAUUCAUGAAGGAGCCAAAAUCGACAAGAGGCCUCGUUCAUCAAGCCAUAUGCAAUUUAAACAUCACUUUACCCAUUUACACAAAGGAAUCAGAAUCAGACCAAGAACAAGAAGAAGAGGUUGAUAUGACUUCAGAAAAAAAUGACGAGACAGAAUCUACAGAAACAUCUAUCCUGAAAAGCCAUCUGGUUAAUGAAGUCCCUGUACUAGCCAGUCCAGACCUGUUGUCUGAAGUUUCUGAGAUGAAACAAGAUUUGAUCAAAAUGACUGCCAUCUUGACAACUGUCACAGGCUCCAUUAAAGUGAAAGAUCUUGGAAAAGCCGGUGAGGAAGAGCCAGGAGAGCCAUUUGAAAUAGUUGAAAGAGUGAAAGAAGACUUAGAAAAAGUAAAUGAAAUUCUGAGAGGUGGAUCCUAUACCAGAGAACAUGUUUUGCAGAAGUCCCUUUCCAAACAAGAACUUUCAGAAGAAGAAUGGGUCAUUGUCAGUGAUGAAGAAAUUGAAGAGGCCAGAAGAAGUGCUCCUUCAGAAGCCACCGAACCUACACGUGUAGAAGUCAGGGUAGAUGAAGGGACAACAAAAAUGGAGAAGGCAGACGUGACAGGGAUGGUAGAUUACGUUACAGAGGACUUAAAACCAUACAUUUCUCUUCACAAGGUACAGCCACCAGCCUUACAAGAAGACUUGGUAGAGGAGAGAUUUGAAGCUGUAGUAGUAAGCAGGGAUUCUGAAAAAGGUCAAGAAUCUCAGACAGCCAAACCACGAAGUCUGCAGGAGCAACACAAGCCGGCCUUAGAAAUUAAAAAGCCCCUUAGGACAAAAUUAAGAGACAAGCCAAAGCAAAAGGAAGGCAAGAUGCGCAGCGGUGAAGAGCAGCCAAAGCUAACGAAGCUCACUUCGGAGGCGUCACAAGGCAGUGAGGAACCUGGCCUAAUGCCGACAGCUGCGCUGGAGGCUAAAGCUGUAUCCCCUGUUAUAGAGGAAACUCCUAUUGGCUCAAUCAAAGAUAAAGUUAAAGCUCUUCAGAAACGAGUGGAAGAUGAGCAAAAAGUACGGUCAAAACUGCCUGUCAGAAUUCAGACCAAAGAAGGCACUGCUGAGAAGGCUUCCAAAAGACCCGUACAAGUUAAAAAGCCGGCUGUACAUAAAGCACAGCCGCCUGUUUCCCCUUCUUCUAAGACGGAAAGACUUGAAGAGACCAUGUCAGUUCGUGAACUGAUGAAAGCCUUCCAGUCAGGUCAAGACCCAUCCAAGAAUAUAUCUGGACUGUUUGAGCACAAAUCUGUCAAACAGAAGCAACAGCUCCCCGAGAAGGAAACAACACGGAGAAAAACGACAGUUUCACAAAGCGAAAUGAGGCGAGUAACAAGCCACAAGACGGACAAACAGAAGGACAAACAAAGUGCGGGAUUAAAAACAGAGAAAGAGCCGCAAUCCAAAAAAGGAAAAAUGCAACUCUCUACCGUUGAAACUACCAAGAAAGCUGCGAGUAAAGACCAGGUAAAAGAGCAGGGCAGCAAAAAACCGACUGAACCUCUCCCUCCAGUGUUUGAUGAUGAAAGUGCCAAAGAUGCAGUGGUUGGAAAGGGCAGGCCUUCUGAUGACCAGGGAGAUACUGACUUCCAGAUCAGCCCUGACAGAAAAACCUCAACAGACUUUUCUGACGUCAUUAAAGAAGAACUGGAAGACAAUGACAAAUAUCAACAGUUCCGGCACCUUUCAGUGACGGAGGAGGGAGAACUUAACUUGGAGCAAGUACUGACCAGCCCGUUCAGCGCUGCUUUUCCCACAGACUACGGGAAAGACGGGUUCCUGCCCACUCUUUCUCUGCAAAGCGCUGCUUUUGAUGGGAGCUCCGAGAGCCUGAAGCACGAAGGCGUGGCCGAUUCUCCGGGUAGCCUACUGGAUGGAACCCCUCAGAUCAGCUCUGAAGAAAGUUAUAAGCAUGAGGGUCUGGCAGAAACUCCAGAAACAAGCCCCGAAAGCCUUUCAUUCUCACCAAAGAAAACAGAUGGGCCAAUCGAAGAAGCUAAAGGAGCAGCUAGUGCCCACACAACAGCAGAAACAUGUUCUCCGAAGGAACUCCCUCCAAAGGAAGAUGAAAAAGGUAUUACUGAAAGGCAGCUAGAUGCUGUUACUGAGACUAGUAAGUCUCAUUCUGACCAUGUAUCGGAAGACCUUGUACCUACAGCCUCUGAAGAAGAGGCUGAUAAGCUUACAGAAAAUAGCGCAGCUUCCAUUAUGAAAGAUAUUAGCAGGGAUACAGAAUCUGCAACCACUGCACAUUUAACUAAGUCUUCUGAAACACAUGACACUGCUUUAGCGAAAGACAAAGAUAUAACCUGUGAACACCGUGUUGCGGUUAGAAGUCCCCAGAAAUUGGAACUUUCACUUGCUAGCCAUGAUAGUGAAAGCUUUAGCCCAGUUGCAGAUGACUCUUUGGCUAUAAGUCAUAAAGACUCCCUGGAGGCAAGCCCAGUGCUAGAAGAUAACUCGUCACACAAAACACCUGAUUCUUUGGAGCCCAGUCCUAUGAAAGAGUCUCCCUGCCGUGAUUCUCUUGAAAGUAGCCCCGUAGAACCAACAGUGAAGGCUGGUAUUUUGGGGCAGUGUCCUCUGCCUUCCCUUCUUGGCAAAGGAGAAACCUGCCCAGAGCUGGCAUCGGUGCGUUCCAGGAUUCUCCGUGACCCCGAGGGAAGUGCUGAUGAUGACAGUCUGGAGCAAACGUCCCUCAUGGAGAGCUCGGGGAAAAGUCCGCUUUCACCUGAGACUCCUAGUUCUGAAGAAAUUAGCUAUGAAAUCACACCUAAAACAGCAGACUCACAGGCACUGUCCAGUGUACGGAAGUCAGCCGUGAUCCCUGAAGUCAGUGAAGAACCGGAGGACGAUUCGGAAAGUGAGCCGAAGAAGAGAUUCACCCCUGAAGAGGAGAUGUUUAAAAUGGUGACCAAAAUCAAAAUGUUUGAUGAGUUGGAACAAGAAGCGAAACAGAAGAGAGAUUGCAAAAAGGAUUGUAAGCAAGGUGAAUCCACUGCCAUUGCUAAUUCAGAAGAUGCAUGUAGAGCUGAAGAACCACAGUCGACAGCUGUGGAAGACAGAGAUAUACCUAUGGUGGUGAUGCCCACAGCUGAGUCUAGAAAAAGCUCUUCCUCUUCAGAAAGUGAGCCAGAAUUGACUCGGCUGAAAAGAGAGGCCGACUCAGGCCUCUUAAUGGAGCCUGUGAUCCGGGUGCAGCCACCCUCACCGUUACCAUCCAGUAUUGACUCCUGCUCUAGCCCCGAUGAAGCAGGUUUUCAACCUAUUGAUUCAGAAAGGUGCUCUAUCGGGAUUGGUUUGGUUAAAGUGGAACAGGAUAAGCCGAUAGAGGAUGGCAAAGAAGAACCGCUUAUCCCCAGAGGCAGCUGUACGGCUUCUGCUUGUCAUUCUGAUGGUUGUGCAGAACCUGAUGAAUCAAAAUGCGGCUGUGCAAAUGACAGGGAGGUUGUUAGUCCUAGUGCCCCAGCCACACUGUCUGGAGGUACUCCGUGUCAUUUCACUGAUGCCAGUUCUCAAAAAGAAGUUCACCCUGAGUCGCUGCUAACACUCAAGCAAUGUGAUACUACCAAAAAAGAUGUUGAAGCCACCUCAUCAUUAACAUGCACAGAUCUCAUUGCUACAAGAGCUGUGCCAGAGAACGUAGAUGGUAGUUCUUGUGGACACGGUACCACCAAGUACGCUGUACCACAACAUGCCAAACAGGCUGAAAGCGAUACUGCUGACCGUUUCACUGUGGGAAGUGGUUUGGGAAAAGCAGAUACAGAUUUUGAAACAUGCCCAGGAGAGACUCUUGCUGAGGAGCCCCUACCAGAGUAUUCAUCCCUCACUGCUGAAACAGUGGAACCGGAAAGCUGCGUAGCAGAUGCUGCUCAAAAUAGUAUAGUAAGCCCUUAUGAGAACAUGUCUUCUGAACAUUUCUUUACUGACCCUGAAAGUAAGGUAGGAUCUGGUAGAAAACUGCUGCCUAGGGAAAGCUGUUCUACCAAGGAAGGGAAAGAUCAGACUAGUGAAGAUUUACUUAGCAGAGACGCAGGUAGCGAGUAUUGCUUUUCAGAGGAAGUAUAUAUGGAAAUAGAGCCCAAAACAGAGGAUGCGUUUCAGAAAAUGUCACAGGGGUCUUCAGCAUCGGAUUCCACAAAAUUAGCAGAAUCUGCCCUUGAGGAUAUCAGAGAUGAAACAGAGAAAUCAAUUGGUCAAGUUGUCAUCACUAAAACUGACGUGGAUUCUGACAUGUGGAGUGAAAUACGGGAAGACGAUGAAGCCUUUGAAGCUCGGGUGAAAGAAGAGGAACAGAAAAUAUUUGGGUUGAUGGUAGACAGGCGAUCACAAGGCACAACACCUGAUACCACGCCGGCCAGAACGCCCACCGAAGAAGGGACACCACUUAGUGAACAGAAUCCAUUUCUUUUUCAGGAAGGAAAGUUGUUUGAAAUGACUAGAAGUGGGGCCAUUGACAUGACCAAAAGGAACUAUGCAGAUGAAAGCUUUCACUUCUUCCAAAUGGGGCAGCAGCCUCAGGAAGAAGUUCCUUUAUCUGAAGAAGUGAAAGAAGCAGCAGAGGUAGAAUCUUGUAAGCUAAAGAGCUCACCAGAUCCAUUUUCACCUUUGGAAUUGGAGGACUCGGAUAAACAAGAAAAGGAUACCUUGAAAUAUUCACCCCCAGCAUCUGAGUGUAGUGAUAUAUCAGAAGAAAUGACAGACGAAGGUGUCGGCACAGGUUCCUCAAAAGCAGAUCUGAAAUCCAGAAUUCCAAUUAAAAUGGGUAUUUCGGCUUCUUCAAAAUCACCAAAGAAAGAAAUCGCUGCCUCAGAAGCUGAGCCCUUCUCCAGAACGGAGACUGACGUGGUUGAGAGCAGUCAGGUGCCUUCCCCCACCUCUCCCGAGUGGGCCGUAGUAGAAGAUGAAUUAGAUUUUUCCAAAGUCACUAGAUCAGUUAGUUCUGGACAGGGUGAUGAGUCCCCAGACUCUUCGCCAGAGGAACAGAGAUCUGUGAUUGAAAUCCCUACUGCUCUGAUGGAGAGAGCGCCUUCUUGUGAAAGCAAAUCCAAAAUUCCUGUAAGAACAGCCGCUGCUGCAUUGCAACAGUUGGAAAACGAGAGCCUUCCCACAGACAGCUUCUUAGAUGGUUUGCAGUGUGAAGGAAAAGAUGACCCAGCAAAACCAAAGUCUAAAAUCCCAGUCAAAGCAGCUUUCCAAAAAACUGAACAGCAGCAUAUGCACACGGAUGCAUCUGUCCGCAAGCUAGAGUCACCCAAAGCUCCGGACGUGACUGGCAAACUGCCCGUGAAACAAGAUAACCGCAGUAAAUCUGAAUCCGAUGCGAGUAUUCCUAUGGACCCAAAGAUUAAGCGAUCAAUAAAAGCUAGGAGUUAUGCUGAAGCAGAAGCAGAGACCAGAGAGAGGGAGAGAGAGAUGAACCUUGAGCUAGACUCAGAUGAGGCAACAACAGCAAGACCCAAGGCAUUUUCGUCACGGUUGCCAGUUAAAAGCAGAAGCACUACAGCCUCCCGCAGUGCUUUUAGUCCCACAAAAGAAAGUAAAGAACAUUUUUUUGACCUUUACAAAAACUCCAUAGAAUUCUUUGAAGAAAUUAGUGAUGAAGCUUCUAAGUUAGUGGAAAGACUCACACAGUCAGAGAGAGAACAAGAAUUAGUUUCAGACGAUGAAAGCAGUAGUGCCCUAGAAGUUUCAGUUAUUGAAAAUGUGCCAUCUGGUGAGACCCAGCAGUCAGUUCCGGAAGACAUCUUUGACACCAGACCCAUUUGGGAUGAGUCCGUAGAGACUCAGAUUGAACGUAUCCCUGAUGAAAAUGUCCAUGACCAUGCUGAAGAUCAACAGGAUGAUCGGGAAAGGACAGAGGAAAGACUGGCCCAUAUUGCUGAUCAUCUUGGAUUCAGCUGGACAGAGCUAGCGAGAGAACUGGAUUUCACUGAAGAGCAAAUUCACCAGAUCCGAAUUGAAAAUCCAAAUUCGCUUCAAGACCAGAGCCACGCGCUCCUCAAAUACUGGCUCGAAAGGGAUGGGAAGCAUGCAACAGAUACAAAUCUUACCCAAUGUCUUACAAAAAUCAACCGCAUGGAUAUCGUUCACCUCAUGGAGACCAGCGGCAUCAACUCCAUGCAGGUCCAUGGCACUCGCACAUACGCGGAAAUGGAGCAAACGAUAGGAUUGGACCACAGUGAAGGAUUUUCUGCACUGCAAGAAGAAGUAUACAGUUCAAGACGUAAGCGAGAAGAACAACAUAGAAUAUCUAAAGACAGUGAGCCAACCGAACACCCUCCUCUUGUCUCUGAGGAAGAUGCGUCUGUCAGUUAUUCUCCUUUUCAAGACAGCACUCCCAGGAGUGAGGCAGAAGUACCAAUGGCCGAGCUCCUGAGACAAGCGCAUAAGGAACAAGUAGAAGCUGAAUUCUCAGGGAAAACCCAAGAUGUGCCAGAAAAAACAUCUACUUCACAACAGGAAUACUUCAUCACAACUCCAGGAACAGAGUGGUCCACAGCACCGGUAACUGGAAAAGCAGCAGGAGAGAAAUCCACCCAUUCUGGCACAUCAAAGGAAGAAAGAGAGAAACUGUUCCCGCAGCCCCUGCUGUCUGCUCAGAGAGGUGACUCUCCCAUCAUCCGAGAGCCCGAGGAUCCCCAGCUCUGCCGGGAUGACCUCUCUCCAAGGAGAACUAGUCUAGUGAUAGUAGAGUCAACUGAUGAACAGACAGAGCAUUUUGGAAAAGACUAUGAAGAGGAACCCUUAGAAAAGGAAAUAGCCGAGGAGUUAGGGAGGCUGGAGAUAAGCUCAGACGAGGAUGAGAUGGUCACUACCAGGGUUGUUCGUCGCCGGGUGAUUAUUCAGGCUGAUAGUAUGCCUGAAAUGCCACCAGAAACAGUCACAGAAGAGCAAUACACAGAUGAACAUGGCCACACAGUGGUAAAGAAGGUCACGAGAAAGAUCAUCCGGCGGUACGUCUCUCCAGAUGGCACAGAAAAAGAGGAAGUUGUAAUGCAAGGAGUGCCACAGAAACCUGUCGCCAUCGAAGAAGGAGAUGGCUAUUCCAAAGUCGUAAAACGGGUUGUGCUGAAGAGCGACAGCGAACGGUCAGAGGUGACUGUGUCUGAACCUGCUGUUUUGCCUAGUGCCUCUGAGUUCCAGUCCGAGCCAGCGGAAGGCCGGAAAGUCAGCAAAGUCAUCAAGACCACUGUAGUGCAAGGUGAGAGAACGGAGAAACGCCUGGGGGAUGCCAGCCUAGCUAGUGAUCUUCCGUCGGCCAAAGAGGACUUUGAAGAGGCUUUGAGCUAUGCAGGUAACCAAAUGAAAGUCCAGCUCCCCACUUUAGUAGAGAAAGAAAUCCUGAAAGAGGAUGGAUCAGUGAUUAAAAGGACAACACUCACUAAGUCCAGCAUGCACAAGAGGACUGUGAUGAAGGAUCAGUAUGGCCAACAUGUGCACAUAGAAGAGCUGGAAGACACACCAGAAGCACUACCACAGGAUGACCUCCAACAGCACCUCCAGCAGCUUCUCAGGCACCUCUGCAGAAAGGACUGCAAACAGGACAACUGA